UAGUGAUCUUUUUAAAAAAGAAAAUAAGCUACUGGUGAUAACUCUCUUAUUUUAAUGUGUGUGUGUAUAUAUAUAUAUAGGAGCGAGUGGUUAGUCCCCGCCGAUGAAGGGCAGUUCUUGUCUAUGCUUAUGAAGAUUAUGAAGCCUAAGAAGACGCUUGAAAUCGGAGUUUUCACCGGUUAUUCUCUUCUAACUACUGCCCUUGCAUUGGAUGAUGAUGCCAAGAUAACAGCAAUAGACCCAAGCAGAGAAGCCUAUGAGGUUGGGUUGCCAUUCAUUAAAAAGGCUGGUGUGGAGCACAAGAUCAACUUUAUUGAAUCAUUGGCAAUGCCUGUCUUAGAUGAGAUGUUGGCUAGUGGAGAAGAAAUGGAGUUCGAAUUUGCAUUUAUUGAUGCAGACAAAUACAAUUACUUGAAAUACCAUGAGAAACUGAUGAAGCUUGUGAAGAUUGGUGGGAUUAUAGCUUAUGAUAAUACUCUCUGGUUUGGCUCUGUUGCUUAUGAAGGAGAGGUUAAGGGAAUGCCUGAGCGUUUGAUGGUUCAAAGGGCCUCCAUUCUGGAGUUAAACAGCUUCUUAGCCUCUGAUUCCCGUAUAGAACUUUCAGUAGUUUCUAUCGGUGAUGGCGUUACCUUGUGCAGACGCAUUUCUUGAAAAGGCUUAAAUGGGG